CUCAGAACAGCUGGGGGAGCGGCUUCUUUCAGAUCCCUCUGUGAGGACCUCAACUUGGCUUUUGACCUUUUGGGAAAAGACCUUGUGAAUUAUCCAGGGUAGAGGAAUCACAUCAAAUAUGAAGACCGGCAUCCUCCUUAUGUUCCUUUGGGGGUUAUCCUGUGCCCUCCCGGUUGCCAGAUAUCAAAAUACUGAAUCUGAGAGCUCAGAAGAAUGGACGGGUGAUUUGGCUCAGUCACCACCACCACCCACGGAGAGUGAGUCAUCCGAUGAGAGUAAAGUUAGCUCAGAGGAACAGACAAAUGACCCCAGUGACAGCACUGAGUCUCAAGAGGAUGUGGACCCUGACGGUGACCAGUAUGCUCAUAGACCAGCUGGCAGUCUCUCUAAGAGUGUGGGGACAGAAGCUGAUAAGGAAGAUGAUGAAGACGACAGUGGGGAUGACACCUUUGGUGAUGAGGACAAUGGUCCAGGGCCUGAAUGGGGAGGACACUCCAGACAGGACAGUGAUGAGGACUCUGCAGACACCACACAAUCCAGUGAAGACAGCACCUCUCAAGAAAACAAUGCCCAAGACACCGCCAGUGACAGCAGGGACCACGACAGUGAGGAGGAGGCAGACAGCCGACCUGCGGCAGGUGACUCCACUCAGGACAGUGAGAGUGAGGAACGCUGGCUGGGAGGUGGCAGCGAGGGGGAGAGUAGCCAUGGGGACGGCUCUGAGUUUGAUGAUGAAGGGAUGCUGAGUGAUGACCCUGAGGGCAGCAGGAGCGAGCGAGGACACUCCAGGGUGAACAGUGCUGGGAUGAGUUCAAAAGAAUUGAAAGGGGACCUCGAGCUCAUGGGCACUCAGGAUGACAGCCAAUCUGUGGAAUUUUCAAGCAGCAAGUCCUUUAGAAGGUCCCAGGUCUCUGAGGAAGAUGACAGAGAUGAGCUUGUUGACACCAGUAGCAGGGAAACCCAGAGUGACUCCACGGAGGACACCACCUCCAAGGAGGAAAGCAGGAGCGAGUCUCAGGAGGACACCACCGAGAGUCAGUCCCAGGAGGACAGUCCGGAGGGCCAAGACCCCAGCAGCGAGUCCAGUGAGGAGGACGGGCCAUCCCAGGAAAGCAGCAGUGAGUCUCAGGAAGGGGUGGCCGGUGAGUCCAGAGGUGACAACCCAGAUAGCACAAGUCAGACAGGAGACAGUGAGUCCAGUGAGGAGAACAGCUUGAUCUCACUCUCCAGCUCGGAAAGUCAGUCCAUAGAGGAGCAAGCUGACAGUGAGUCCAACGAGAGCCUCAGACUCUCAGAGGAAAGUCAGGAGUCAGCCCAGGAUGGGGACAGUUCCAGCCAGGAAGACCUCCAGUCUCAGAGUGCUUCAAGGGAGACCAGGAGCCAGGAGAGUCAGUCUGAGCAGGACAGCGCUUCUGAGGAAGAGGGGGACAGUGACUCUCAGGAGAGUAGCAGAUCCAAAGAAGAUAGCAACUCUACAGAGAGCACUUCAAGCAGUGAGGAGGACAGCCACCCCCAAAACAUGGAGGCUGACAGCAGGAAACUAACAGUUGAUGCUUACCACAACAAACCCAUCGGGGACCAAGAUGACAAUGAUUGCCAAGAUGGCUACUAGCAUUAGCUUGUCUAAGAAAUGGCUCUCACAGGAAUGAGUCUUGGGGGUCUUAAGAAUAGGGAGUUCACUACAACUAUAACUUAGUGAUGGUUUGAUCAGACAUAAUACUGGGGCCAUUUCUUUCUGUGAGGAAUUGUUCAAUGUCACACUGUUUUCUAGGGAGUCACCCACUCCUAGAAGUUUAAGUUAUAUGACAUGAAUGAGAACAGGCACAGUAAAAGUGCACAGUAGCUUCACAUGUGAACGUGCCCUAACUCACUAACCUGACAAUUACUGGGGUUCUGUUAAGCACACAGCCCAAGGUGCUGGGGACAGGAGGGUGCUUCAGGCUCACCUUUAAAGGGUACCGAAGAAGGGAGCCCAUGCCAUGGUGGAAGAAUGCACAGAAUGUAUGGGGCACAGCAAGGUGGGACCAGCCUCGCUUUGGAGAGUUAGAGGGGUUCACAGCAGCAAAGCCUGAAGUUGGUGGGUUAUCUAGAAUUUCUCCAUUGAAGACAAUAUCAUUCUAUUUAUUCUUGAGCUAAACAGCAUUAAAUCUUAUACUCAAUGUUUGGUUUGUAAAAGCAUUCUCAAAUGGUGACACAAUGGGAAAUCUUGGAUAAACAUUUUUUUCCCAAUUCAUUUACCACAUCAGUGUGUUUGUGUGCCUUCUGUAGACACUGCCUUAUGGAUGAUGCUAUGGGUAAUUUGGUGGGGAGGUAGGAGAAAAAAUAAUUUUAACAAGGAUAUAUAGUUUUAUUUUUUCCAAACUAUCCCGAGUCUUUUACAUGUGUUGCACAUAGCAAAAUUCUGUACAUAGGACUCGACUGUUUUUUUCUUUUUGUAUUGUGUGUUUUUUUCUCAAGUGCUAUUGAAGUGUUACCUCAUGAAAAAGUCUUUGUUUUGUAAUAAAGAUAAUAAUUCCCAGA